CUGCGCUUCUUACAUCGCAGAAAUACUAAAAGCUACGUCGGACUCGACUAAGCUCACCGCGCGGUUCGCGAUGGACACCUCACAGCGGGAACCGAGUGAUAGACGAGUUCCAGACGAACCAGAGCUCGAUCUGUACACCAUUCCAAGUCACUCCAGUUGGUUUUCGUGGGAUGAAAUUCACGAAACUGAGAAGUCUGCUUUGAAGGAGUUCUUUGAUGGAAGCUCAAUAUCAAGAACACCGCGCAUAUACAAAGAGUAUAGAGAUUUUAUUAUCAAUAAGUACAGGGAAGAGCCUUCAAGCAGGCUUACAUUCACCGAAAUUCGUAAGUCACUCGUGGGGGAUGUUAAUUUGCUUCAUAAGGUGUUUAUUUUCUUGGAGACAUGGGGGUUGAUCAACUUUGCCGCAACUUCGGAUGGUAACGAUUCCGAGGAUGUGGUAGAUGGAGACAGCCCUACAAUUAAGAUUGAAGAGGGGGUUCCCAAUGGGAUUCGUGUGGGAGCAAUGCCGAAUUCGGUCAAGCCAAUUUCAGCGCCACCUGUUGUGGAAGACAGUUCUAUCGUUAAUGGGAGCGGGUUUAAAUCGCCCCCUCUGACUUCUUAUUCAGAUGUUUUCACUGACUUGUUGAAGCUGAAGAUUUUAGUGUGUGGGAAUUGUGGUCAGUCUUGUGGAUCUCGAUACCAUCAAUGCGCCAAGGAUGGUUAUUUAAUUUGCGAAAAUUGUUUCAAUGAUAAAAAUUACGGGGAGCAGAGGCUUUUGGAAGAUUUUGAGUUGAAGACCAAGGAGUUCAUUGAAGAUAGCGUUAAUACCGGAGCUGUGUGGACUGAGGCAGAAACUCUGCUUCUUUUGGAAUCCUUUUUGAAGCAUGGAGAUGACUGGGAACUCGUUGCUCAAAAUGUUAAAACUAAGACUAAAUUGGAUUGUAUAUUGAAGCUCGUGGAGUUGCCUUUUGGGGACUUCGUGUUACGUUCUGAAGCUCAAAGGAACGAGGCUAGAGGUCCCAAUAACAACGUCACCAGUGAAAAAGAAAUUAGACUCUCUCCAUCUAACAAUCAGGAGGUUGCCGGAAGUGAAGACCAGGACAUAAAUGAGGACAAAGAUGAAGAGAAUCAAGGUCCUCCCAAGCGACAGUGCACUGCUUCUGUUCCAGAUACGAGCAGUUCUCUGAUGAAACAGGUAGCUUUGAUAUCAAGCAUGGUUGGGCCACAUAUUAUGGCGGCUGCUGCUACUGCUUCUGUUGCUGCACUUUGUGACGAAAACUUAUAUCCGAAAGAAGUCUUUGAUGAUCAAGAUUUUUUUGUACCUAAUGGAUUGUGUUCUGCGGCUUCCACCGAAUCAAAUCAUGAGGUUGAGAGAAUUCUCGAUAACGAUGAUUCAGUGCCGAAGGAGGAGAGGCCUCAAUCAGGUGAUAUAAUGGUAGAGGACAAAGAUGACAUUCCUUUGAUCUUGCGAAUUAGAGCUGCAACAGCAACAGCACUUGGCGCUGCUGCCGCACAUGCAAAAUUACUUGCUGAUCAAGAAGAGAGAGAAAUUGAAUAUUUGUUGGCGAUAAUGAUAGAAACACAGAUGAAGAAGAUGCAACGCAAAAUUAAGCAUUUUGAAGAUCUGGAGGAAAUAAUGGAAGCAGAAUACCCUGUGAUUGAGGAGCUAGAAGAUAAACUGUUGAUGGAACGGGUUAGUGUGUUGCAAUCUGCAUUUGAUCUUGGUAUCUCUAGGUGGAAGGAUUACCCUUCUGUGAGAUCUUGACCACUAUUCUUGUACUCUUUACUUAUUAUACACAAAGUCUGUCUGUCCCAAAUGAUAUCAUUCGAUGUAAUGCAAAGAAAAUAUCUGUAUCUUAAUCUCACGUUAAAGAUUAUUCCACACUUGAUGUCUGGUGA